AUGAACCAUGCCAUGAGACCAAUGACGUCGGCGCCUACCCUUGCUUUUUUAUUCGACACGUUCUGCACCUAUAGACGUCUGUAUAAUAUCCAGAAGUUUCUAUCAUACUCGUACUGCGUCACCGCAAGAGGCCGUGGAGGAACGAUACAUUUGGGGUCCCAGCUCAGCGCGCGGAAGGCUAGCACAGAGCCAUGGGUCAUUGACACAAGACUUCUUAGUACUAACAAGAAUCAUGGCGGUGCGGAAGAAAGCCACGUUUGGUCGAUUUGCCGCCCAUCCUCCCUCUCCGCCCCUUUCCUAUCCCUCUUCUCGGCCCUCAAGAUGCCGUUCGUCAAAAAGCAGAAGACUGGCGCGUACUUUUCGCGUUUCCAGGUCAAGUACCGCCGCAGGAGAGAGGGCAAGACCGAUUAUUAUGCGCGCAAGCGGUUGAUCUCGCAGGCGAAGAACAAGUACAACGCGCCCAAGUACCGGCUCGUCGUCCGCUUCACGAACAAGGAGAUCGUGUGCCAGAUCGCCUACGCCCGCCUUCAGGGCGACUUUAUCCUCGCCGCCGCGCGCUCGAAGGAGCUGCCCCGGUACGGCAUCAACCACGGUCUCACGAACUGGACUGCCGCAUACGCCACCGGCCUCCUCGUCGCUCGCCGCGCGCUGACUAAGCUCGGCCUUGCAGACAAGUACGAGGGUGUGGAUGAGCCCGACGGCACGCUCACCAUCACCGAGGCUCUCGACGAGGAGGACGCGCCCCGCCCGUUCAAGGCCUACCUCGACGUCGGCCUCAAGCGCACCUCGACCGGCUCCCGUGUAUUCGGUGCCUUGAAGGGCGCCAGUGACGGCGGUAUCUUCAUUCCCCACAACGCCAAGCGCUUCCCCGGCUACGACCCCGAGUCUAAGGAGCUUGACGACGAGACACUCAAGAAGUACAUUUUCGGAGGUCAUGUUGCCGAGUACAUGGAGUCCCUCGAGGAGGAGGAUGACGAGCGUUACAAGCAGUUCUCUACCUACCUCGCGGACGGCAUUGGCUCGGAGGACAUGGAGGAGAUCUACACGAAUGCCUACGCCGCAAUCCGCGAGGACCCCACAUUCAAGCCAACGGAGAAGACGAAGGAUUGGGCGGCAGAGUCAAAGAAGUACAGAACCCCCCGCCUCACCCUUGAGCAGCGCAAGGCCAAGAUCCAGGAGAAUAUCGAAGCCUUCCAGGCCAACGGCGACGCUAUCGAGGAGGACGAAGAGGACGACGAGUAA